UCGUCAUUUCGCGUCUCCACCAAUUUUUCUGCAACUAGCUCGCCGAUGGACCGGUUCCGGCCGCUCAUGCGGAUCCAGGUGGAGCCCGAGCCAGCGCAGCCGCCGGCGCCGGCUGCGGGAGCUGGCGGGGACGCGGCGCGGGAUGAGUCUCCGGCGCCCGCGGCGGGGCUGCUCAUGGGGGCCAAGGUGAGGCGCCGCGCGGCGGUGUACCGCGACUGCAAGGGCGACUACAUCGGCGUCCCCAACGAUCCCUGCCUCACCAAGAUCCUCUCCAAGCAAGGGGACAACAAAGUUCUGUUUGCAGACAAGGUAUUGAAGUUCACUCAAUCAGGAAAGAUGAAAAGGCGCAUCCUGGUGAUCACAGACUUUGCUCUAUACCUUGUUGAUCCCGAUGCCGAUAUAUUGAAGAGGAGGAUAGCACUUGCAGCCGUGGAUAAGCUAUGCAUUAGCAACCUCAGUGAUAACUUCUUUGCGAUCAUUGUGCCGACUGAGUAUGAUUGUUUAAUGGCCAGCACUAGAAAGAAGGAAAUUGUUAAUGUCAUAGUUAAGGCUAUCAAGAGCACAUCUGAGUUUGAACCUGAAGUGGCUUUCUCUAACAGGUUUGAGUAUCAUGCAGCUGCGGAAGUGACUAAGGUGGUCGAAUUUGAGGAUGUUGACGGGAGCAUUAAAACCAGGAUCACGAACUAGGAGAAGUCGUGAUCCAGAACUCAUGGAUAGUGGUUCCCUGUAAACUGUAUAGCUCUUUCAGUUUCAAACGGGUGUUAUCUUCACAUGUGUGGCUGUAUGUGCUCUGUAUUUUACUAGAUAACUGUGUGUCAGCGCCUCACUCUAUUGAGCCCUGGGCUUGGAUAAGAUCAGGCGAGUAGUGCUACUGCUAAACCCCAGGAGCCAAUGGAGUGCAGGAAAAUCCUACUGAACUGAGUGAGGUAUUUCAUGGGCCUUGGCUCCGCCUUAGGUUUGGGGCACUGGCCGCUUCACAAAGCAAAUACGUAUCAGCAAAGGUCAAUUAUGCAUUUUAGCUAUGGCUGGUACCACUGUACCCUUUUUGAUCAUAUCAACGGAGAAGUUCAUUUUCAACAUCACUUCUGUUUAUUAUAUUUUAUUUUGUAUGCAAAUAAUAAUUCAAGUAGUCUGCAACGUUGUAUGCU